UGGAAAACCAGACAGAAAAAAAAACAAACAAAAGUUUAAAUCAACAGAAGUUUAUAACUCCUACAGUAUACUGGAAUACACUUUCAUUCGACAGAACUGUCUGCCUUGUUUGUGGGCUGCCUGGUCACGUGACGUAAUCCCAGCCGUGGCCUUUUCCCGCGAACAUCUCGGAAGAAACCAUUUGUCGUGGGGGGGCGGGUCUUCUGUCUAUUUUUCUUUUUACUGCUUGAAAAACAUCACUUGGAUUAUAAACGGCGUAAGACUGUUUUCAACAAUAUAACUGAAAAUAUAAUUCGAGACACACAUUGUGUAGUGACGUGUAUAUUUAUAAUAAUAAUAAUAAUUUAAAAAAAAAAAAAACAACACCCAGACAAGGUUGAUGGUUCCCCCUGUCGAUGACGUAGCGCUGCCGAGGUUUCUGAUUGGUCUGUAUUUCCGCGCGAAAAUCACGUCACGUGAGCGAUUUCGCGCCACACGCUGUGGUAUUUUGGAAAAAGCCUCCAAAACGCGAGCAGUCGAAAGAUGUCUUCACCGUCAUCCAGUGCACGGAAGCGCGGCAGGAGCAGCAACCCGUCGACUCCUGCUAGCGAUGGCCCCCAGACCCCACGAGUCCGUGGAUCCCAGGAGUCUUCAACAGGAGAGUUACAGCCCAUGCCCACCUCCCCUGGCACGGACAUGCAGAGCCCCGUCCCUCAGGACACCUCUCUCUUCUCCAGCCCUGUGCCCCGCCCCUCAGUCCCACAGAGCGAACCGGACAUGAGCUCUCCGCUGAUUUACGACACGCCCAGCCGCGGGACUCCGGCUCGUCAAAGAGCCGACCUGGGAUCUGUCAGGAAGGCGCCGCAGGUGGACCUGAACUCCGAGCCGCCCUCGGGGGACGUGGCGGUGGCCAGCGAGCAAAAUGCCGGCCAGAGACUUGUCAUCUGGGGCACCGACGUCAACGUGGGAACAUGCAAGGAGAAGUUUCAGCGGUUCCUGCAGCGAUUUAUCGACCCCACAUCACGGGAGGAUGAGAACGCGAGCCUGGAUCUGAACGAGCCUUUGUACAUGCAGAAACUGGACGAGAUCAGCGUUGUCGGGGAACCCGUGUUGAACGUGAACUGCGGCCAUAUUCAGGCUUUUGAUGCCGAUCUGUACCGUCAGCUCAUCUGCUAUCCUCAGGAAGUAAUUCCGACGUUCGACAUGGCGGUCAACGAGCUGUUCUUCGAACGCUUCCCAGAUUCCGUCCUGGAGCACCAAAUCCAAGUGCGUCCCUACAACGCCCUGAAAACCCGGAACAUGCGCAGCCUCAACCCCGAGGACAUCGAUCAGCUCAUCACCAUCAGCGGCAUGGUGAUCCGCACGUCCCAGCUCAUCCCGGAGAUGCAGGAAGCGUUUUUCCGCUGCCAGGUCUGCGCCUUCAGCACGCGGGUCGAGGUGGACCGGGGCCGCAUCGCCGAGCCCGCCGUGUGCAGGAACUGUAACACCACGCACAGUUUGGCGCUGGUGCACAACCGCUCCAUGUUCUCCGACAAACAGAUGAUCAAGCUGCAGGAGUCGCCGGAGGACAUGCCUGCCGGUCAGACCCCCCACACCACCGUGGUGUACGCCCACAACGACCUGGUGGACAAAGUGCAGCCUGGAGAUCGUAUCAACAUCACCGGAAUCUACCGAGCUGCCCCCAUGCGCAUAAACCCACGUCAGAGCCAGGUGAAGGCGGUGUACAAGACCCACAUAGACGCCAUCCACUUCCGCAAGACAGACGAGCGGCGUCUGCACGGGCUGGACGAGGAGAACGGGCAGAAGCUCUUCACCGAGGAGCGCAUCGCCACGCUCAAAGGGCUCGCCAACAAGCCAGAUAUCUACGAGCGCCUCUCGUCGGCCCUCGCGCCCAGCAUCUACGAGCACGAGGACAUCAAGAAGGGAAUCCUGCUGCAGCUGUUCGGUGGCACGCGUAAAGACUUCAGCCAGACGGGGCGCGGCAACUUCCGUGCUGAGGUCAACAUCCUGCUGUGCGGAGACCCGGGUACGAGUAAAUCUCAGCUGCUGCAGUACGUCUACAACCUGGUGCCUCGCGGUCAGUACACGUCGGGUAAAGGCUCGAGCGCUGUGGGUCUCACAGCCUACGUGAUGAAGGACCCGGAGACACGGCAGCUGGUACUGCAGACCGGCGCGCUCGUCCUCAGUGACAACGGCGUGUGCUGCAUUGACGAAUUCGACAAGAUGAGCGACAGCACGCGCUCUGUGCUGCACGAGGUCAUGGAGCAGCAGACGCUCUCCAUCGCCAAGGCUGGGAUCAUUUGUCAGCUCAAUGCACGGACCUCGGUCCUGGCAGCAGCCAAUCCCGUGGAGUCUCAGUGGAACCCCAAGAAAACGACGAUCGAGAACAUCCAGCUCCCUCACACACUCCUGUCCAGGUUUGAUCUGAUCUUCCUGAUGCUGGACCCUCAGGACGAGGUGUACGACAGACGCCUGGCGCAUCACCUGGUCUCUCUGUACUACCAGAGCGAGGAGCAGAUCGAGGAGGAGUACCUGGACAUGGCCGUGCUGAAGGACUACAUCGCUUACGCCCGCACCUACAUCAACCCCCGACUGAAUGAAGAAGCCAGCCAGGCGCUUAUCGAGGCCUACGUGGACAUGAGGAAGAUCGGCAGCGGCAGGGGGAUGGUGUCCGCUUAUCCCCGGCAGCUGGAGUCGCUGAUCCGACUUGCCGAGGCUCACGCCAAAGUGCGCUUCUCCAACAAGGUGGAGACCAUCGACGUGGAGGAGGCGAAGAGACUGCACCGAGAGGCGCUGAAACAGUCGGCCACUGAUCCCCGGACAGGAUUCGUAGACAUCUCCAUCCUCACUACAGGUAUGAGUGCGACGGCACGAAAGCGCAAGGAGGAAGUGGCUCAGGCUCUAAAGAAGCUCAUCCUGUCUAAAGGCAAAACGCCAGCCAUGAAGUACCAGCAGUUGUUUGAUGAUCUGCGCGGCCAGUCCGAGGCUGCCAUCACCAAGGACAUGUUUGAGGAGGCGCUCCGAGCUCUCACGGACGAGGACUUUUUAACGGUCACGGGGAAAACCGUGCGCCUGCUGUAAAUACUGCACUUGUGAUGAAUUCCUCUCCUUGACCUAUCUGUAGAGCAAUUAUUAUUAUUAAUAACAAUGUUCAUAUAUAUGAAGACCCGUUGUUGGUGUUGGUGGUGGUGUUGUUGUUUUUUGCUAAUAAAAUGUGUUGCCUAGCCAUAUGACUUCAUUUUGUUCUUUUUUUUCCUUUCCGAGUUUACGUUUAAAAUAAAGCGAGUGUGUAGUUAGUGGGAAGAACGUGAUUUGAUUUCAUGCGUGCGGUCCUUUAUGGCCGUUACGUUCAUCCUUAGUUUCUGCCUGGACACUUGUGGUGGUCCAGAUUGGACUGCUAAUUUGUUACAGAAAUGUAUUUGCAUGAAAUGGCUGUUGAAGCUAGUAUGGCGAAUCGGCGAAAUCACAAUUGCAGGUAAUUUUUCCGCACUGUCUUUUUGUAACGAUGUUUGUCAGUAAACGAGAGCUUUUUAGCUGUACUCAUGUUCGAUGCAUAGAAACUGUGGUAGUUUUUACAAAAAAAACGCAGGUUCCGAAUUCAUUUCUGCAAUACCGAAACAAAUGGUUAACGUGAGCUAGCUGGUGUCACAGAUGUUAUGUAAAUUAUUAUUUUAUUUAUGGGGGGAGGAAUCAUCUUCGGCGUGGUAACAUUAACUUCGCGUCCUGUAUUUGAGACCAUGAAACGCUGUGGUUCCAAACCAUCUCUGUGACUAUACCCUUACUCUUGCUCUCCUGAUUCUCCAAACAUCUUACUUCUGGUGACGCUGAAGCAUUUUAAUCUUCCAGAAGAGGUUUACAUUAAUGACUUUCUGUAAAUGGCCUCUCGCGUCACGUUUAAAUCCCUUGCGUAUAAAACGCAAUGCCUCGUAGCUGCGUAGUCAUCCCGGUCAUACGCCUGAAUCGAAACUCUCCUAAUGUGAUACGAUAUUAACGUUUAUUAGCGCUUAUUAAAUUAUCGUUAUGUAUUGUUUGUCUUUUUUGUUCCCCCCCCCCCCCCGUGAUAACUUGUUUUGAUUGUUUACAUUUCGAUCCUGCUACGUUACGCCUCGUCCUCGUUCCUGCGUGGAACAACUUUAAGCUUAACUUUUUUUUUUUUUUUUUUUUAAACGCUCUUCAUUAGCUAUUUUUUGUGGGUUUUUUUUUUGUUUGUUUGUUUAUUGAAAUUUAUUUUAGUUAACGUUUUACGGAAGGAGUCUCGAGCGUCGGUCGAAGUUUUCCGACAUCUUUGUGAGAGACGAGACGGAAGAGAAGAGUAUGCGUUGUGGGUUCUCGGUAACAGUGUCUGGUGCAAGACUGAGAUAUAUAGAUA